AUGGGGUUUUUCAUCGUAAUACUUCUCCUCCCUUCUCUUUUUUUCCUCUACCAUUUUCUCGAAUGGGCUUUUAUAAAAAGACAUCAAGAUUGCUAUAUACUAAGCUAUGAAUGUUUCAAGCCUAGUGAUGAUCGGAAAAUAAGCACACAAUUUUCCGGCGAGAUCCUUACUCGAAACAAAAGUUUGGGCCUUGAUGAAUACAAGUUUCUUCUCAAGGCGGGCGUUAGCUCCGGCCUUGGGGAGCAAACCUACGGCCCAAGAAACAUCCUUUUGGGCCGCGAAGAAAGCCCAACACUUAAUGACAGCCUCGAUGAGAUGGACGAGUUUUUUCGAGAUAGUGUCGAAAAACUCUUCUCCAAAUCCCAAAUUUCUCCACACCAAAUCGACAUAUUAGUCGUUAAUGUAUCGAUGUUUGCGUCCGUACCAUCCUUGACCUCAAGGAUAGUAAACCACUACAAAAUGAGGGAUGAUAUUAAGGUUUAUAACCUUAGUGGGAUGGGUUGUAGUGCUAGCUUAAUUUCUAUAAAUAUUGUUCAAAAUGUUUUUAAGAAUGAAAAGGAACGUUACGCUUUGGUUGUAACAUCCGAAUCUCUAAGCCCGAAUUGGUAUACGGGUCAUGACCGAUCCAUGAUCCUAUCCAACAUACUUUUUAGGUCGGGUGGGAGUGUUAUCCUCUUGACCAACAAGUGGGGCCUGAGGAAGAAAGCUAUGUUGAAGCUCAAAUGUCUCGUACGGACACAUCAUGGGGCCAAAGACGAGUCGUACGGAUGUUGCAUGCAAAUGGAGGAUUCAUCGGGGAGACUAGGGUUCCAUCUUAGCAAAACCCUACCCACGUCCGCGGCCCGAUGUUUGGCUAAUAAUCUCAAGGAGUUAGCCCCCAAAAUCUUACCCACAAGGGAAGUGGUUCGAUUUGGGGUGGCGGUUAUGGUCCGGAGAUUUAUCUCCGGACCUAACCAUAAACCCGUCAUUAACUUUAAAACGGGGGUACAACAUUUUUGCUUGCAUACGGGUGGGAAAACCGUUAUAGAUGAUUUAGGAGAAAACCUUAAGUUAAGUGAGUACGAUCUCGAGCCAGCGAGAAUGACCCUACACCGGUUCGGGAACACAUCGGCGAGUAGCUUAUGGUAUGUAUUGGGGUAUAUGGAGGCAAAGAAGAGGCUCAAGAGAGGGGAAAGGGUGUUGAUGGUUAGUUUUGGGGCAGGUUUUAAAUGUAAUAGUUGUUUGUGGGAGGUGUUGAGAGACUUAGAUGGGUGUGACAAUGUUUGGAAGGAUUGUAUUGAUGAGUACCCUUCUAAGGGCUUGGCUAAUCCUUACUUGGAAAAAUUUGGUUGGAUCCAAAAUGAAGAUUUUAGUACCUUCCCAAAAGACCACGAGGAAAAGUUAAAUUACUUUCGAGAAAAGAUGAACUGA